AUGGAUCAGCCUCCUUCACCAUCACCAGCGGUCUUCAGGUGGCGUCCUCGAUACCACCUUCAAGCAAGCCACGGCUGGAUGAAUGACCCUUGCGCCGCAGGCUACGACCCGUCGACAGGCAUAUACCAUCUAUUCUUCCAGUGGAACCCUCGUCGAGACGAGUCAGGUUCGGUCGUCUGGGGUUCGAUCUGUUGGGGCCAUGCUACCUCGACGGAUAUGGUGAAGUGGAAUGUUUCCCCAACCCCGAGCAUCGAGCCUGGGGCUACUGUUGAUGGGUGGUAUGACGCGAAAGGGUGCUUUACAGGCUGCUUGAUUCCUACCAACUGGGACGGCGAGAUUGGAGCUGGAAAAAUGACGAUAUUUUACACUGGUAUAAGUCGACUACCUCUGCACUAUACUCUUCCCUACAUACGACAAACAGAGACACUGGCCGUUGGCCAAUCAGUAGACAGCGGUCUCACAUGGACGAAAUUCACGAAGAACCCAAUUCCACUAGAGCCACCGUCAAAACUUGAUGUGACAGGAUGGCGUGAUCCGUUCGUUGCAAUUUGGCCUUCCAUUGCCGAUCUUCUCGGCCACGACAGGAGCCAGUUAUAUGGUAUGAUUUCCGGAGGAAUUAGAGACUGCUCACCUGCUGCAUUUCUUUACCGGGUCAAUCCUUUAGACCUAGCAGAAUGGAAGUUCAUCGGUUCUCUGCUUGAUGUUGGAUUGAACCAUUCUCUAUCCCGCUGGAGUGGUGAUUUAGGCAUCAACUGGGAAUGCGCUUGCUUCAUGACCCUGCAGAACGAAAAGGAUGAUGAGAGCAGGGACUUCAUUAUCGUGGGCUGCGAAGGAUCUCGGCCAAACGCUACCCACAAUGAAGACUCAUCCUUCAUACAACAGCGCCAGCAACCAACCAAACUGCGCCGCACAGCAAGAUCUCUGCAGUGGAUGUGUGGAAUUCUUCAAAGUACAGACGGCACGAUUUCUGAUACCGGUAUACGAGCAAAGCUGCCGAGAAUGGACUACCAAUUCGGAGGCCGCUUCGACCACGGCCUUCUCUAUGCUGCAACAACCUUCCGUGACCCCGUGAGCAAUGCACAAAUUGUUUGGGGCUGGGUCACAGAGGAAGACUUGCCACAACGACUGGUCGAUGAACAGGGAUGGAGUGGGAUGACGUCUCUUCCCAGAGAAGUGACACUUCUCACUCUAAAAGGUGUGACGGGUACCCUGAGAAGCAGGUUACAAGAUAUUGCGUCGAUACAGGUUGAGCGGGAAGAGUCAAAAGACGGGGGGCAGCAUAAAUUCAAGAUUCGCACACUGGGCAUAUCUCCUGCUCCGUGUCUCAGGAACCUGCGCAACAGUGCGAAAGAGGUUAGGCCUGUGUGCCGCUCACAGCACCUCAAUUUAACAGGCGACACAGUCAUAGACAUCCAGACGCACCGUUUCGAACUUGUCUCGACUUUUUCUCUAUCCCACGCUUGCGAGAGAAUUGGGCUUAGCAUAUUCCAUGAGCCUGGCUCACAGGAAGCUCAACAGGAUCGAAUACCCCCGCUACUAAGCUCCAACACGGCGACGACAAUUUCUUUCCUCCCCCACAAAGAGACUGUCCGAAUUGAUCGACCCAUCACCAACACCAUCGAUGGGGAGGAGAUCAACACCGCCGCCGAGAUCGCCCCAUUCACUUUAUUCACGUUCCCCCCUGCUCAAAAGGACGAGGUUGGCCAGGGUGAAGCCGGGACACACCUAGAGUCGGAGAUUGAGAACUUGGACGUCCACCUCUUCUUUGACGAGUCCGUGCUCGAAGUCUUUGUCAAUUCCCGGUGCGUGAUCACGACGAGGAUCUAUCCACCAGGCAAGACGUGUUUCGGAGUGAGGUUCUGGGCAGAGGACAAGGAUGGCGAAGACGACAUCGAAGAUGACAGCAAUCAGAGUAAUACAGCUCGACAGCAAGAGGGAGGAGGCCACACAGACCUCAAAGCCUUGUGUUCAAAGGGUCAGCCGGGAACUGCGAGCAGGCUGUCUACAAAGUCUCGGAUCGUGCAAGCCAUGGCGUGGGAUGGCCUGAGUGCAGAUCUCAGAAAUACGUUUCCUUGA